CCGUUUCUCCUCCCCUCACCGACUCGUCGUCGUCGUCGCCACGGUCGCCGGCGGAGAGGAGAGAGGCCUCGUCUUCGCCGCCAAUGGCCGCCUCCGUCCCCAACGGCCACUCCGUCGCCGGCGAAGGAGGGACGCCCGCGCCGCCGCCGUCCUCCUCCUCGCUGGUGUUCCUCGGGACGGGCUGCUCCAGCGCCGUGCCCAACGCGCGGUGCCUGAUCCAGCCCCCCGACCCGCCCUGCGCCGUCUGCUCCCAGUCCCUCUCCGUGCCCCCCGAGCUAAACCCUAACUACAGGUGCAAUACUUCUCUUCUGAUUGAUUAUUGCCAAGAUGAAGUCACACACAAAUAUAUUCUAAUUGAUGUUGGGAAGACAUUCCGAGAACAAGUUCUACGGUGGUUUAUCCAUCAUAAAAUCCCUUGUGUUGAUUCUAUUAUUCUGACUCAUGAGCAUGCCGAUGCAAUCUUGGGUCUUGAUGAUGUUCGGAUUGUACAGCCAUUUAGUCCUACGAAUGAUAUUGAGCCAACUCCAAUUUAUCUAUCCCAAUUUGCUAUGAACAGCAUUGCCCAAAAGUUUCCUUACUUGGUCAGAAAGAAACUAAAGGAAGGGGAAGAGGUUCGGCGAGUUGCUCAGCUUGAUUGGAGAGUAAUCGAGAGUGAUCUUCAGAAACCAUUUGUGACCUCAGGGCUAGAGUUUGUUCCCCUGCCGGUGAUCCAUGGCGAGGACUAUGUUUGUCUGGGUUUCCUUUUUGGAAGAAAAUCAAAAGUUGCUUAUAUAUCAGACGUUUCACGGUUUCCUCCAAGCACAGAACACGCAAUUUCAAAGUCUGGAGAGGGUCAGCUGGAUUUGCUCAUCUUGGACUGCCUUUAUAGGACUGGUUCUCAUAAUGUCCAUCUUUGUUGGGAUCAGACACUGGAUGCUGUUAAGAGGAUUUGCCCCAAAAGGGCAUUGCUCAUUGGGAUGACUCAUGAGAUGGACCAUCACAAGGACAAUGAAACGUUGGAAGAGUGGUCCAGAAGGGAGGGGAUAGAUGUGCAGUUAGCCCGUGAUGGAUUGCGCGUCUACAUUGAUCUGUAAAUUUGACAAAGGGCAUUUGCUUCUUCAGUAACCUGCAUUAAGCUUCCAGUUGCCGUUACUAUUCAGCUCCUCUUGAUAAGAAACUGAAAGGAGAAACGGCAAAUGCUGCUGCUUUGACAGCGUACUGGUCAUAGUUCAAACUCACUAGGUACAGUAGAAUAAUUCAUCAAACCUGGUUCCAAAUAUUAGUAUUUAGUAGUAGUAAUAAAAGGCAAAGCAGCUGCUUCAUUGCAGCACCCCACAGAAUCCCAGUUCCUGUAUGUUUGUCUUGUGCAAACCACUUGAAGAUUUCUUGUCAAUGCCAGUGUCGUAGCCCUUGUCAAUUGGAGAAAGCCUGAUUCGAAUGAUAAUGAACUCCAACAGAAGCUUUUUUGAAGUUUCAUUUCGUACUA